GUAGCUUUUCCUCUGUAUUCCCAAGGGUUCCUAUCUAGCUGGUUCCCCAAUCCCAGAGCACUUGCAGUAGCAACGGGGACCCUCUUUCCAAAACUGUAACAAACUCAGGAUUCUCAUCUCAUCUCACCAAGGUCCCAGUCACCCAGCCUUCGCCUUUGAUUCUCUGCAUGCCUCGUUUAGGAAACGGAUGCCCUGGAGGACUCUUGGGAGCUCUCUCCGCUAAUUUUGCAUAUGCAAUUAGUGGUAAUUGCCCAGAUGAAGAAAGGUGCCCUUCAUUUUAGGGCUUCUUUCCUUCCAUUCGUACUGGGCGAAGGAGCAGAGCGGGGAAAGUGAGAACCACUUUAGAAGGGAACCGGCUGCAAAAGAAUGGCAGAGGCCGACGCACACCAGACGCCCGAGUGCGGUACUCGGUGCUAAGCUAGGGCUUCCCCUUUUCCCCACCUCCUUCGUUAAGCUCGACCCACUUUAGGGCGGGACCUCCCACUCAGCCAAUUCUGGGAGACGAACCCUGGCGGUUUGUACUCUUCCUUUCCAAUGAGAAAAAAAGGAAGCAGCUUGGCCCCAAUAACCAAUCCAAGGAGGCGGCGCCUGGUUGUCAGGCAGGUUUGUAAGAGUUUGGGCCAAUUGGAGGCGCAGACACCGCUCGACCCGGGCGCAGCGCGCAGGCGGUGGCGAAGAGACGCCGAGCGGGCCGAGUGCGGCCGAGCAAAGCCGGAGCCGGAGCGGGGCCGCAGGAGCCGGGCUGGGUCCGGACGGGCCGAGAUGCCCUAUAAACUGAAGAAGGAGAAGGAGACCCCCAAGCUUGCCAAAGGCACGACCAAGCCCAGCAGCUCGGGCAAGGAUGGUGGCGGCGAGAGCGCCGAGGAGGCCCAGCCCCAGCCCCAGCCUCAGCCCCAGCCGCAGCCGCAGCCCCAGCCCCAGCCCCCAUCGUCCAACAAGCGUCCCAGCAACAGCACACCGCCCCCAACGCAGCUCAGCAAAAUCAAGUACUCUGGAGGGCCCCAGAUUGUCAAGAAGGAGCGACGGCAAAGCUCCUCCCGCUUCAAUCUCAGCAAGAACCGGGAGUUGCAGAAGCUUCCUGCCCUGAAAGAUUCGCCAACCCAGGAGCGGGAGGAGCUUUUUAUCCAGAAGCUGCGCCAGUGCUGUGUCCUCUUUGACUUUGUAUCAGAUCCACUCAGUGACCUCAAAUUCAAGGAGGUGAAGCGGGCAGGACUCAACGAAAUGGUGGAGUACAUCACCCAUAGCCGUGAUGUUGUCACUGAGGCCAUUUACCCCGAGGCUGUCACCAUGUUUUCAGUGAACCUCUUCCGGACGCUGCCACCUUCAUCGAACCCCACCGGGGCCGAGUUUGACCCAGAAGAGGAUGAGCCCACCCUGGAAGCUGCCUGGCCACAUCUCCAGCUCGUGUAUGAGUUUUUCUUACGUUUCCUCGAGUCUCCUGAUUUCCAGCCAAACAUAGCCAAGAAGUAUAUCGACCAGAAGUUUGUCCUUGCUCUCCUGGACCUGUUUGACAGUGAGGAUCCUCGAGAGCGGGACUUCCUCAAGACCAUCUUGCAUCGCAUCUACGGCAAGUUUUUGGGGCUCCGGGCUUAUAUCCGUAGGCAGAUCAACCACAUCUUCUACAGGUUCAUCUAUGAGACAGAACAUCACAACGGGAUUGCUGAGCUCUUAGAGAUCCUCGGCAGCAUCAUCAACGGCUUUGCCUUGCCCCUUAAGGAAGAGCACAAGAUGUUCCUCAUCCGUGUCCUGCUUCCCCUUCACAAGGUCAAGUCCCUGAGUGUCUACCACCCGCAGCUGGCUUACUGUGUGGUACAGUUCCUGGAGAAGGAGAGCAGUCUCACAGAGCCGGUGAUUGUAGGACUCCUCAAGUUCUGGCCCAAAACCCACAGCCCCAAGGAGGUCAUGUUCCUGAAUGAGCUAGAGGAGAUUCUAGAUGUCAUUGAACCUUCAGAGUUCAGCAAAGUGAUGGAACCACUCUUCCGCCAGCUUGCCAAGUGUGUCUCCAGCCCUCAUUUCCAGGUGGCAGAGCGUGCUCUCUAUUACUGGAACAAUGAGUACAUCAUGAGCCUGAUCAGUGACAAUGCUGCCCGAGUCCUCCCCAUCAUGUUCCCUGCACUCUACAGGAACUCCAAGAGCCACUGGAACAAGACAAUCCAUGGACUGAUCUACAAUGCCCUAAAGCUGUUUAUGGAGAUGAAUCAGAAGCUGUUUGAUGACUGCACACAACAGUACAAGGCAGAGAAACAGAAGGGCCGGUUCCGAAUGAAGGAAAGAGAAGAGAUGUGGCAAAAGAUCGAGGAGCUGGCCCGACUCAAUCCCCAGUAUCCCAUGUUCCGAGCUCCUCCACCACUGCCUCCUGUGUACUCGAUGGAGACAGAGACCCCCACGGCAGAGGACAUCCAACUUCUGAAGAGGACGGUGGAGACAGAGGCUGUGCAGAUGCUAAAGGACAUCAAGAAGGAGAAGGUACUGCUUCGGCGGAAGUCCGAGCUGCCCCAGGACGUGUAUACCAUCAAGGCGCUGGAGGCACACAAGCGGGCGGAAGAAUUCCUAACUGCCAGCCAGGAGGCUCUCUGACCCCCUCACCGUCCUACCACAGGGCCACAGCCCACUCAGCCCUGGGACGCUGCCCUAGCCCUCCACCCUCUGCUCCCCACUGGCUGACUUGGGGCAAGGCAGUGCCUCUCUAGCUACUCUAGGGAGGGGAUGUGGCACUUGAAGCAGGGGACCCCCCCCCCCCAGAGUGGUCCCUCUUCUUCCCAAAAUGUGUUCAUGCCUCCCUGUGGCUAGUACAGACAGGCUGAGCACUGAGAUCCUCAGUGCCCAGACAACUUGGGGAUGCCUGUCCCCCUCCUCUCCUAACCCCACAGCUACCUGAGGCUGCUCUGAGAAAUACACACAGGAAUACAUAUGCUCCUCUCCCCUUCCCUUAAUCCUCAUUUCAACUCCAGGUGUCUUUCCUUCUCUCCCUCCCCUGCAGAAGCAUAUAGGGAGCAGCAGGAGAUUAUUCUCACCAAAGUUAUGUCAAGCCCCAUUGGCCCCUGGAGUGAGUAGCUGGAGGGGAGCCAACCCCCAACAGGCACAAUUAGGCCCCCAGCCCCAGCAGUGUGCAGGCUGAUGGGGUUGAAUUAUUUUCUCUUAUCCCCUGCCUGACCAAGACAACAUGGGGAGGUCAAAAGGAGAAAAGCAUACGCUAUGGACCAUAGGUGAUGGAAUAUAGGGCCCAGAUGGACCAAGAGAAGGGGGUGAACAAACACCCUACCCUGUGCCCCCUCUUUGGUGAGCAGCAGCCCUGGGAUCACAGACAUGGAAGGGACCACCCUGGGGCUGACUGCUUUCCUAUGUUGUUGGUUCCCAAAGCUAGGAGGAAGCAGGGAGCAGUGCCCUAAGCAUGGCUCCCCCGACACCUAUUUAUUUCCUUUGUGCUGAUGCUGGGCAGGCCCCCAGUUGUCCCUUUCAGACACCCUGAAGGGGCAAGGGGCUGAAGAGGGCCAGACCCAGGUUCCAGGGGCACAGGCAGUGCAGCUUUUGGCUGUGUACAUAGGGUGCUUUAUUCUCCACAGUGAUACAUGCUAAGAUGGGUUGGGCUUGGGCCAAUGUCCCCAUAUGUACAGAACUGAAUAAAGUGGGUCUCUGAGAA